AUGUCCGCCCAAGGUUCUCCCUCGAAGAAGGCCGAGCCCUUUGAGCAGCAACAGCUCAAGGGGUGGCGAUACCUCAAGAAGAUGCCCGUCGCGACUAAGUCGACCCUUCUUCAGGCCGAAAAGGUCAAGCCCAAGAUCGUCGACGUGGACCAGGAGGAGCUGGACAACGCCUUUAGGCGUAACCAAGUUACUGCGGUCAACGCGUUGGUCGCUCAGUACCAGGGGGGUUGGAAGUUCGCCUGCCAGCCCUGCUUCGAAUUGGCGACUACCGGGGACCACCGCGCCCGAGUCGACGGCGAAUGGGUCGACUGCAUCCGUCUUUUCCCUCACGUCCCCGCUCCCGCCGUCUACCAUGUGGAGCACCAGCUCACCGCCCGGCUGGCCGCCCAGCACGCCCCGAACGCCGUUCCCGCCGGAUCGGUCGCUACCGACGUCAACGUCGACGUCCAAAUCGCCGGCUCCGACGUCGUUACUCCCGGAUCGCCCGCGCCGACCGUCAUCGAGGGGGAGGACAUGGAGGACCUCGAGCUCGAGGACGACCGUUCGGACGACGAAGACACCGAGAUGACUUCGUCCUCGGGUUCUUCUUCUUCGGGAUCGGGUUCGGGUUCGGAUGAGGAGUAA